AUGGAAGACAUAAUUUGCAGGGGGCAUUCACGCCACAUGCCCUCCACGUUCACCUCAGCCACCAUGCAACUCUCCAAUCUCUCCUCCUAUAGACAUACCCUGAAGGCUAAGGUCAUUAUACCGUUGUUAAAGGAAACUUGGGAUUGGGAGUUGUAUAAAUGUGAGUAA